AUGAUUAAUUGGUGCAGGAAGCCAAAGAGCUCUGUAGUGCCAUCGGUUCUCGUAAGAAAUGCUCCUGAAAGUUGUGAUGUCUUUGUGGUGUCCAGACGUGGGGUUAUCAAAAAUAAACCAAAUUCCUUGUUGGCUACUGAGGAUAGCGCAAAGGAGUUUUUGGUCAGUAAAAGCGAACACCAUUCUCUGACAGUCAGUAAACAAUUGCCUUGGAACAGUUCUUCGUCAACAAACUCAAGAACUAACAAAAACUCACAACUAUCAUCAACCUCUGGCUUUAGUGGUCCAGACUCUCAUAUUCAGGCCUAUCCAGUAUACUCUACCACUUUUCUGCAGCAGAUUCAUCUUGCGGACAAUACCUUAGAUUUUGAAACAGUUCAGAGUCGCUCCUCUCGACCUUCUACACCCUCGGAGCAGUCAAAUGUCGAUGCUGAAGUGGAGCGACUGCGACAAGAAUUAUACAGCACUCUUUCCAUGUACAAUCAAGCCUGUGAAGAUCUGGUUUAUGUCCAAAAGAAGGUCAACUUGCUUUCUGCUGAAUGCCUUGAAGAAGAAAGAAGAGUGGAUGCUGCAAGACAAAGAGAGGAGAUUUUACGCAAAGUUGCUGCAAGAGAGAGAGAGAAGCAUUUGGAGGCCAUGAAGGAGAUUGAAAUGGCAAAGGAUCAGUGUGCCAAGGAAGCUAAUGAAAGACAAGUAGCAGAAACUAAUGCCCUCAACGAGUUUUCUCAGAAGCAGAAAAUUGUGGAAGCACUAUUUUCAGAAGACAAAAGGUACAAAAGGUACACUAGAGACGAAAUUGAGGAGGCAACAGGUUUCUUCUGUGAGGCAAAGGUUAUAGGUUCUGGAGCAUAUGGAAAAGUUUACAAAUGCAGCAUUGAUCACACUCCCGUGGCCAUUAAAGUCCUUCAGUCUGAUGCAUCAGACAAAAAGGAAGAAUUUCUGAGAGAGGUUGAAGUUCUUAGCCUACUACGUCACCCUCAUAUUGUUUUACUUCUUGGAGCCUGUCCAGAAAUUGGUUGCCUGGUAUAUGAAUAUAUGGAAAAUGGCAGCCUGGAAGAUUUAUACUUCCUGGAAGCGGCCGAGCUCCGCUUCCCUUGGUUUAUUCGUUUCCGGAUUGUUUAUGAAGUGGCCUGUGGACUUGCAUUUUUACACAAUUCAGGACCAGAGCCUAUUGUCCAUCGGGAUCUGAAACCAGGAAAUAUACUCUUAGAUAGAAAUUAUGUGAGCAAAAUUGGAGACGUGGGCUUGGCAAAAAUAAUAUCGGAGGUGGUGCCUGAUAAUGUAACAGAAUCAAAUUCUAUUCUUGCUGGUACCAUUUGUUACAUGGAUCCAGAGUAUCAAAGGACUGGCACAGUAAGACCAAAAUCUGAUCUGUAUGCUUUAGGAAUCAUAGCUCUUCAGCUGUUGACCGCUUGCCGUCCUAAUAGAGCAAUACUGAAGGUUGAAAAUGCCAUAAAAACUAGAUCAUUGUCAGCCGCACUAGAUAAAUCAAUUUCAGACUGGCCAUUGGCUGAAGUCAAAGAACUCGCAAUGGCUCUAAAAUGCUGUAAACUUAGGUGCAGAGACAGGCCAGAUCUUGAAACAGAGUUGCUCCCUGUUUUGGAAAGACUCGCCAGAUUUGCUGAUGUAGCUAGGAAAGCUGGCAGUGGCAAUUUUCCUGCACCAAGCCAGUAUUACUGCCCAAUUCUUCAGGAAAUAAUGGAUGAUCCGCAUAUUGCAGCAGAUGGUUUUACAUAUGAGCACAUUGCGAUUAAAACAUGGCUUGACAGACAUGAUGUAUCACCAGUAACGAAGGUUAGACUGCAGACGAAGAUGCUUACCCCAAACCAUAUACUUUCAGCCAUUCAAGAGUGGAGGUCAAGCGUCUCAUUCUGAGGAACUGAAUAUGAAUGCAGAUGCAAUCAAAUUUCAUAGCUACAUUUUUAACUGAACCAACGUCUGAGCGAGUUAUGUUCAUAUAGAUAUCAUAUUUGUCUAUAGAUUUUGCCAACAGUUGCAACUGCAAAUGUAUAUUCCUGAUAUCAGCACCAUCAUAUUUAAAUGAAUGUGAGAAACAACAGUUAUAG